AUGAAAGCAUCAAAAAAGAUUUCAUCUAGUCGUGCACAUAUAUAAACAAAAUCAUUCAUACUAAAUACAUUGUAAAAUUGUUAGUUUAUAUACUCUAUUUUAGGGACAAGUCUUAAGAUUCGAUUGUUAUGAAGAAAUCACCUUCUGAUAAUAAGUUAGUCCAAACUUAAAAAGAAUAUAUUAUGAUAUAACCAAAACUUGUUGAGAUAUUUGAUGAUAAUAAGACUAAAAAAACAGAAUUACACUUUGAGAAUUCUAUUUCUCAAUUGAAAACAGUCUAAAUAAUAUAAGCAAAGGGAUAAGACAAUAAAGAGACUUCAAUUAACAGUGAUAGAAAAUCGAAUAGAAAGGAAUCGAUGAAGUAAAUUAGUUAUUUAAAUACAUAGACAAUCUUUGAGGAUAAUUACUUAACUUUGA